AUGGCAAGCUCUGAGGUGCAGCGUAUCUGGAACGAUGCAGUGGCCGAUUUCGAAGCUUCCACCAGUACCAAACUCGACUCUCUUCCGGUUGUGUCCAGCGCGAUCGACAUCGUCGGCGCCUUACAGAUCCAGGAGACUAAGUUCGGGGUUUUCAGAAACAGUACAUCUAAAGUCGACAAAAUCCGAUCAGCCGUAAAACAAGGUUUGCAUUUUGUCGACCAGAUCAGCAAGAUUUUGGCUUCGGCCCUGUCUUCAAACUUCGCACCAGCUUCAGGUAUCUUCGCUGCCGUUGGCUUUCUUGUGCAGACCACGAACAAAGUCUCAGCCGACUACGACAACAUUGCGGAGUUCUUUGAAGAUGUCCAAUCGUACCUCGAACAACUAAAGCUUCUCGAACGCCAUGUUACCGAUUCACUGGAGCUUCAGGCAAUGACUGCCAAAGUCCUUGCUGCUAUGCUUGUUUUCUGUGGUGUCUGUGUCAAGCACAUUCAGAUGGGACGACGCCGGAAAGCCCUGCGAACCCUCUUGCAAGGCGGUGACACGGACUUGGCGGAGGCAAAGAGAAAGUUUCGACAGGCAUGCGAGAAUGAGCAGCGGAUGAUCGAGAAACUCAGCUAUGAUCUCCUCAAGCAGAACAAGAACGAUCAUGUCUCGACGCGGGCUGCCAUUGACAGCUUAGGACGAAGCAGUAAGCAAUUAGAGGUCAACACUUUUUCACUGAACCAAGCAACAAGAAGUAUGCAGUCACUGCUCGAAGUCCAGAAGACCUCGGUCGAGAGAGAAAAGAUCUUAAAAAGUUUGUCCUUGUUGGAUUUUCUAGGAAAGCAGCAGGAUGCCUUCGCCAAGUACCGAAGCGGUACAUGCGAUUGGGUUGUCGCUCACCCAAAUUUUCAGACAUGGAUGAGGAGCGGCAGGGAUUGUGUACUUUGGUGUCCUGGAAAGCCUGGAACAGGCAAGACAAUUUUCACUUCUUUCGCGAUCGAUUUUGUCAAUGAGCAUACACGCAACAGCAAUGCAGCUAUUGUCUCCGUGUACUGCGACUAUAAUGAUCCGAGAACGUAUUCAGAAGUCGGACUUUUGUCUAGCAUUGCCAGACAGCUCGUCGAACAAAUGAAGAGCAUACCCACUGCUGUCACAGACUUCUGUGAAAAGCAAACCGGGCGUCGGCGCGCGGCCAACUCAGCAGAGUGGGUUGAUUUAAUCAAGACGAUUCAUCCACUAUUUGAUAAUACAUUUCUGUUUGUGGAUGCAUUGGACGAAUGUCCAGUACUUCCGCGAGAGAGUUUUGUUAGAGUUCUUUCUGAGUUGUCGUCAUCAAUAGCGAUAUUCGUGACCUCGCAUCCAGAUUUAGAGCUCGAUAUACACUUCACCCACGUUCGUCAGAUCGAGAUUACCGCGACCAAGUCUGCCAUUGCGGCAUAUCUCACCCUUGAGAUACCACAACAUCCUUUUUUACGUCUUCAUAUUAAGAAAGAUCCGGAUUUAGAGCAAGAGAUCAUUAAUGCGAUCCAGAAGAGUGCCAAUGGCAUGUUUUUAUUGGUUUCGGCACAGCUUGAAUAUCUCAGUAGCCAACCUUCUGUCAAGGAGACACGUGAUGCACUUAGGGCCCUUCCAAAUAAAAUCUCUGACUAUUACGCCCAAGCCUUCCAGCGGAUCGAGAAACAGGUCGAAUCCAAUCAGAUCCUGGCGAAGAAAGCUAUCUCCUAUGUGCAAUGUGCCCGACGACCGUUAACAGCAGUCGAAUUGACCCAGGCACUGUCCCUCCAACCCAAUGCCGCUGAUCUAAACGAGAAGCUUGAUUAUGAUCGUGAAGUUGUUCUCGCUGUGUGUCUGAGGUUACUACACUUCAACAAAGUGACUACCGCUUUCACUCUGGUUCAUGGUACCUUGAACACAUAUCUCAACGAACAUCCACAGCAUCUUCUUCCGGAUUUCAAGACAUAUUUCGCCCGAAUUUGUCUUACCUCGCUCAUGCUCGAGCCCUUCAGAAACGGAUGCAGCCAGGAUUUGAGCGAAUUUGAGCAGAAACUGAAUCAUCACAGAUUCUGGGUUUACGCCUGUCACCAUUGGUUUUACCAUGUCUCAGCGUAUCAAACAGUCGCUUCCGUUCAAGGUCCUCUUCUUAUCUUUCUCAACGACAAAAAUCUACUGAGUGCUUGUGUGCAAACCCUCUACGCCUCGCCACUUAGUGCGAAAGAUUGGCACGAAAGAUAUCCACGAAAUUUCAGCCAAGCCCACCUGGCCGCUCGAUGUGGUCUGCACGACACCUUUCUUCUCUAUGCGUCACGCGCUACCAUUGAUCGCCGCGACACUACGGGUAUGACGUCACUGAUCUUAGCAGCACAGUUCGGGCACACGACUAUAGUGCAAGCAUCGUUAGACCGCGGUGCCGAUGUUAAUGCUUGCAACGUCAAUGGAGAGUCCGGGUUGGCAUUAGCUGUAAAGAACGGCCAUACUCAUCUAGUCCAGCUGCUCCUCUCUGUAGGUGCCCAAGUUGACAUGGAGGACAACAAAGGAUGGACCGGAUUGGACUGGGCUGUACUGGUCGGAAACACGAGCCUGGUCCAGCAGUUUCUUAAAAGCUCGAAUGACACUAUCUUGAAAGACGGCAAGGAUCGUCGGGCUUUAUUUCUCGCCGCAGAGGAGGGUCACGCACAGAUUGUACAACUUCUACUAGACCACCGGGUUGAUAUCAACACGCGAGACGCCGAAGGAAGCACAGCUCUAGACUGGGCAGUACCAGCCGGUCGACUUGCGUCGUCCAGAACGCUGCUAGAGAAUGGUGCUUCUAUCGAUUGCAGAGACAACUACGAAAACACGGUGCUACACUGGGCAAUCCAGGAUGGAGAUAUGGUGGACCUGUUGAUUAAACACGGUGCCGAAGUUGAUGCCAGUAAUAGACAAGGUCAAACUGCUUUAUGCUGGGCGUCGCAAGACGGAGCGCUUCUGGCGGCCGAACGUUUGCUGAAUCACGGUGCAGCCAUCGAUAUGCGCGACGCAGACGGUUUCAGACCAUUACAUCGAGCCGUUUUGAGAGGUCGAAUGGAUAUGGUGGUGUUACUGUUAGAUCGUGGAGCGGAGGCUAGUGUGAAAGACGACAAAUUCUGGACGCCCUUGCGUGUGGCUCUUACCAAAGAACACAGAGACAUUGCACGUUUACUAACCACAAGAGUGCCAGAGGCAGCGCUAGUGACCACACCGAUGACAGUGUAUCUAGCAGAUCGCGACAUCAACGCAUACUUCAACACGUGUCUGGAGGAAAAGGCGCAAGCCAGUACUGUUCUUACAGGUCUGCGAGCCGCGGUUCAGGAAAAACAAUUCGAACGCGUCAAAGGGAUGAUCGAGAAGGGAGCCGACGUGAAUGCACAUGAUACUGGUGGUUGGACUGCUUUAAUGAUGGCGCUUUGGGCCGGUGACCUACCCAUCAUGCAGCUACUGCUGGAAAAGGGAGCCAAAAUUGACGAAGCCGGCUGGGAUGGCCAGACUGCCCUCCACUGGGCCGCGCGAGAGGGAGAUGAAGAAGGAGUACGGUUUCUUAUCGAUCAUUCUGCAAGUGUCGACAUCGAGGCUUUUGGACAAUCUCCCGCGAUGCUGGCAGCCAAACACGGAAAGACUUCGAUCACCAUGCAACUCAUCGCACAUGGUGCUAAUCCUGUGCAAGCAGAUUACCACCGUAGGACGUUGAUGCACUGGGCAGCCAGGCACGGUGAUAUAGCAUUGAUACGCACUCUGCUUGACCAUGGUGCUGACGUCAACACCACUGACCGCUGGGGCAGAACAGUGCUGAUGUGGGCGCUUGAGACCGAUGGGAAUCUGCUGUUGGAUUAUCAACGACUGGCAGUGAUGAAGCUGUUGUUGAACAACGGCGCCGACGUUAAUCUACAAGCCCAGCACCACAUCACCGCCUUACACCUGGCUGCUUGUGUCGGUUCUGUGCCCGUUCUGCAGUGUCUGUUAGAGGCGCAUGCUCAUUUAGAAAUUCAGACGCAACAGGGUGGCGAUAGUCUUUGGUGGGACAAUGACCUAGAUAUAGCAGACAUCGAAGGCACACAAUACAACACAGUCCGGCUAAUAGUAUCGAGGAAUGUUAGCGGGAUGACAGCGAGAGACAUAGCAUGUGAGGCUGGAAUGCUCGCCGUCCAGUAUGUGUUGAGCAAUAAGACGAACCUCCCGUAG